CGCAGUCUUCCGCCCCGGCCCCCCGCAGGAGGAAGAUGCAUCUGCGACGCAACGGCCAGUCGCUGCCCUCGGCCGAGCCAGAGAGUGUGAAAAGGCAUGGAAGUGGAAGUGGCAGCCAGGAUGAUGUAGGCGAUGCAAAAGCGCCGGUCAGGCCGCGUCGCGGUUGCUACUUCUCGCUGGCCUUCUCCAUUGGAUCGAUGGGAUUGGCGUGCGGCAGCCUGUGGCAGAUACCGAACACCACCGACAGGAUCACACUGCAGCGUGGACUCUUUCUGACGUCCCUGGGCUUCAUUUACUUCGUAUCGCUGACGGAUUUCUGCAAUAAAUAUCUGCUGGAGACGCGGCGCGGCCAGGAGUUUCGACGCAAGUAUCGCCUCAUGAUGUCCGAUGUCCUGGAAAUUACCAACAAAAUCGUUUCGGCCAUUCAGGCAUCAUUCUCCUUCCUGGUGGGUCUCAUUGUCUGCAAAUCGACAUGCACGAAAUCCUUCGUUUAUGCCUCGCACUUUCUGAUGGAGGCCUACGGCUGGUUCGGCACGGCAUACUUUAUGUAUGACAUUUGGUCCAUGUACAAGGUGCACACCCAGAAGAUAGCCGACAAGCUGCAUCUGUUGCGCCUGACCAAGGGUCAGGCACAGGGCCAUGGCUCGUCGUCGAUUGUUAAUGGUCAUGUGAGGAGCCAUUGCGAGGCAGGAGCCAAUGGCCGUGCGUCUGCGGGUGGCAACAACAAUGGCAGCACACCGGGCACACCGCACGAGAUCUGUGACUAUGAUGGGGCCUGUGUGCAGAUACCCAAAGACGGCCGCUGGGAUUUUCUCAAGUAUGUGCUGACGCAUCCGGUGAUGAUGAUCCACCAUGUGUUUAUCGGCACCUUUGGCCUCUUGGUCGUCACGUACAUUCGUGGCGGUGGGCAUUGCAUCUACAGCUACAUGUUCAUGAUGGAGUUCUCGACUCCGUUCGUGUCGCUGCGCAGCAUACUGAGCACAAUGCGGCUGAAGGAGUCGCGUGUGUACAUCGCCAAUGGGCUGCUCAUGCUGGCCACAUUCUUUGUGUGCCGCGUCUGCAUGUGGCCGUAUGUGAUGUGGCGCUACAGCCUGGCCAUUGAGGCGGCCAGCCUGUGGUCGGCCAUGAGCGGCUUGCCGCGUGGCUGUCUGGUCAGCAUUGCCAUACUCUUCUUGCCGCAGCUCUAUUGGUUCUAUCUGAUGGUAUUAGGCGCACUCAAGGUGUUUCUGCCCAAGCGGCGACCGCCUGCUACACUGAAGAAUGGAUCAGGAGCGGCUGUAGCAGCAACUGUAGCAGCAGAAGUGACGGCCACAACAACUCCCACAAGUCCCACCGCCAUAAUAAAUGGCAAGAACUAGUGCAAAUCGAGGAUUAGUUUUGUUUUGUUGUUAAAAGCUAAGCGCAUGGAAAGCUCUAGGCUCUAGCUCCUAGCUCCUAGCUAUUAUGUAUUUAUUUUGAGGCGCAGCUAAGUGUAUGUCCCCCCCAUCCCGUUCCCACAGCUGUUACUUAUUGUUUAUACAACUAUACGGGACCCCCAGUACCACCCACGUAUAAUCCUACACUACUAUGGAAACCAACUAUAACCGAAUAACCAACGAAUUAAAUGCGAACAAGGAUAUACCGAAGAGACAGACACACAGGACACACGGGACACACGGGACACACACACUGGAGCGUGCAGACGGAUAUUUAGUUUUUAAACAAAAGACAUUAUGUACUAAACCAACAAAAAACGAAACGGAGAACACACAAAGAUCAAAUUUAAACUACAUUUUAAAACAAAACGAAAAGCAACCCAAAGUGAAGCGUAGAGAAGAAACUAAAAUAUGUGUUGAGCUUGCCCCAUGCCCCAUGAAACCCACCUCAGCCCCAAAACUGUUGCAUUCUAUAAUUGCUAUGCUAAAAGAAAAUAUAUAUCUCUAUAUAUGUAUGUUGUUAAGCGCAAAAGAAAAACCCACUAACGAACCGAUGGGAGAGGCGAGCUUAAGUUCUGCAUACAAAGAAACCUUGUUAAUCCUCUCUAUGAAGAAUAUAUAUUAUGUAUAUGU